CAUUAAUCAACGCCUCACCAACUCCGCUUACUGUGUCUGCGUUUUCUGCAAGCUCAGCACUAUCUGGAUCAUUAACUACCCCGCCAUUUUUGAAUGGAGGUUCAGCCUGGUGUCCUAGAGUCCACCGUUCGUGGGAUGAAUGGUUGCAAGUAGAUUUCGGUUCUGUCGUUAGCAUAUCCAAAGUAGCCAUUCAAGGGAAACCUUCCGCUGCCGAGUGGCCGUUUGCUGUUGGGCUUAAAUCAGCGGCCGGAGACAUUUCUCGACCUACGUCAGUAUGUGAGCUGCUCCUACCCAUUGGCUUCGACACUUAUACAGAUGCAAACAGAUCGCGAGUGUUCUCCGACGCUGAGUUUUCUGGCGAUGCAGCGUUCAUCCAGUCCCAAAAUGCAAUAAGGCUUAUCCCCAAGGAGCCAUUCAGGCAGGCAGACGGUGGAGAGCUUUGUAUAAGAGCGGAGUUAACAGGCUGUCUAGCUACCGUAGCGGGCGGGGAGAACAUUACUUCAGGUUGCAUCAAAACAGCACACGGCAAGUGUUGCAUAUUCCCAUUCGUGUACAACGCAACGUCACAAUACUCCGCUCCGAAGGUUGAUCACAACAAAGCUUGGUGUGGUACAACCGACAAUUACGACCGCGAUGGACUCUGGGACUCUGUCCUAGAUUCAUUCAAGCCAUGUGACAGCAGGCCGUGCGGGGACCACGGUUCCUGUACUGAAGAUACUGUAGCCUGGACUUACACGUGCACUUGCACUGGGGAUUACUAUGGAAUAAACUGUCGGCGAACCUUAUCAAUUGUUACACAUCCUCAACCUAAAAGCGUUUUUACUGGAGAUGACGUCACCUUCACAUGCAAUGCCACGGCACUUGCAGCACCUUCUAUCUGGUGGCAGAAAAACGGGGUCAAUAUAACAAUUAGUGAUGGGUCAACACUGAAUCUUGUUGGAGUUAAAGAGGGAGACAGUGGGAAUUAUACUUGCGUAGCAGAAGCUGGUGGGAAUACAACUACUUCCGACGCGGCAUUUCUAAGUGUAAAACUGCCCCCUGUCAUAACAAAUCAUCCUGCGAACCAGACAGCAAACAAAGAUGAAAAUGUGACAAUCGCGUGUUCUGCAAAUGGCACUGAGCCUUUUAAUGUGAUCUGGUUAAAAAACAACGAAGUUUACGAUUUUUCUAGCGAUUCUCGAGUGCACGAAUCACAUAACAAUCUCACGCUUGAGAUAUUUGGCGUUCUUCCCAAUGACCACGGCAGUUACCAGUGUGACGUCAGUAACGGGAGAACGGACAAGUCCUAUCCGGGAAGAUUAAUAGUUAAAUAUGCUCCCCAAUUUAUUGUUGAGCCUAAAGGCAAAACAACAACUGAAGGACAGGCAGUAAAGUUUGAGUGCCAAACUACAGGGAAUCCUUCCCCAACUGUCACAUGGUUGAAAAGUGGGUCAGCUGUAAAUACAUCUGUUGAUCCAAGAUUCUACUCCAAUGAUACUAUCUUGAUGAUCACCAAUGUCAGCCGAAUCGACAGUGGAAAUUACAGCUGCAACGCCUCAAAUGAGCUUGGUAUAAUUUCUGCAGAAGCUGCCUUAGAUGUGCAAUAUGGACCAGAGUUUGUCAACAUGCCACAAGAUAAAACCCCCAAUGAAGGCUGGUCAGUGACAUUUGAAUGCCACACAAAAGGGAAUCCACCUCCAACUGUCACAUGGUUGAAAAAUGGGUCAGCUUUAAAUACAUCUGUUGAUCCAAGAUUCUACUCCAAUGGUACUCACUUGAUGAUCACCAAUGUCAAUCGAACAGACAGUGGGGCUUACAGAUGCAAUGCUUCAAGCAUACUGGGUGUGAUCACUACAAAAGCUUCAUUAGAUGUGUAUUUUAAGCCAGCGAUCUCCAUCCACCCAUCUCCACAAACCGUAACAGAAGGUGAAAACGUGACGUUGUCAUGUGUUGCGGAGGGACGUCCUACUCCUUCCUACCAGUGGUUCAAAGAUGACUCUCCAUUUGACGCUGAGUACAACACAAGGGUCUCGCUAUCCGAAGGAAACCUGAUUUUUACCAAAGUCAGCAGAGAUGACCGUGGACAAUACUACUGUUUGGCGAACAACUCCGUCAGCAAUGUGACUUCAAGCGCCACACAACUAACAGUGUUUUUUGCCCCAAGUAUCACCACACAGCCACAGAAUCAAACCAAGGUUGAAGGCGAGAUUGUAACCCUCAACUGCACUGUGACUGGUGACCCAGUGCCCACUGUAUACUGGAGUAGGGACGGUAGUAAUCUGACAGCUUUAAGAUACUCGGUGGAGCCCUCGAAUGCCCUCAGGAUAGACAAUUUGACCAGAGAAGAUGAAGGGAGCUACAUCUGCCAUGCUUUUAAUAAUGUAUCAAGCACAUCUUCAGAUGCAGCUGUUUUGACUGUGAAUUAUCCACCCAAGUUCUUGGAAAGCCUUAAACCCGAGGAGACGCGUAACGAGACUGAUAACCUCACAUUGACAUGUAAACUGGAGGGGAAACCACAAGCCACUGUGGUCUGGCUCAAAGACAACACAGAACUCAAACCAGACAUUAGGCUCAUAAUAACCCAGCCAAGCUUGGUGGACUCAGGCGAGUCAACCCUAACAAUAAUCAACCUGGACCGGAGUGACGAGGCGUCUUACAAAUGCCGUGCAAAUAACACUGUUGGCAUAGUCACUUCAAGCAACACAACAGUUACUGUGCAAUACCCGCCAAAAUUCUUCAAAAUACCUGAUGACGUCACUAAAACCGAGGGUUCUUCUGUCAAUCUUACAUGUCAGCUCGAGUGUAAACCCAAGUGUAGCGUCACGUGGCUGAAAGGUGGCUCCCCAUUGGACACAUCUUCUGAUAGAAUCAGCGUCACUCAGCCAGAGAAUGAUGGCAAUGGAACAUCUUUUUUGAUGAUUUCGAACUUAAACCGGACUGACGAGGCGUCUUACUCAUGUAGAGCGAAAAACGCAGCCGGAGAGAAAACAUCUGGGUCUGUAAACCUUGCUGUAAACUAUCCGCCCAAGUUCUUGGAAAGUCUUAAAGACGAGGAGACGCGUAACGAGACUGAUAACCUCACAUUGACAUGUAAACUGGAGGGGAAACCGCUGGCAACUGUCGUCUGGCUUAGAAACAACACAGAACUCAAACCAGACAGUAAGCUCAUAAUAACUCAGCCAAGCUCAGUGGACUCGGGCGAUUCAACCCUGACGAUAAUCAACGUGAACCGGCAUGACGAGGCUUAUUACAAAUGCCGUGCAAAUAACACCGUCGAUACCACUAUAUCCAGCACCAACACAUCAGUCGUCGUGCAGUACCCGCCAAAAUUCUUCCAGUCGCCCAAGGACGAGACCGUGACCGAGAAGUCAAACGUCACGCUUACAUGUCAGCUCGAGUGCAAACCCAAGUGUAGCGUCACGUGGCUGAAGGACAACACUCCAUUGGACACAUCUCCUGACAGAAUCACCGUCACCCAUCCCGGUAGUUAUGGCAACACGACAUCUUCGCUGACAAUAACGAACUUGGUACGAACAGACGAGGCGCGAUACUCGUGUAAAGCAAUAAACGCAGUCGGAGAGAAAACAUCCGAGCAGGGGCUCCUGACUGUAAACUACCCUCCGAAGAUCCUCACCCCACCUAAAAACGUCACCAUCACCGAAGGAAACGAUGUCACCCUGUCAUGUAAAGUCGAGGGCAAACCAGAAGUGACAGUGGACUGGCUUAACGGGUCAACACCCAUUGAGCUAAGUUCUGUAAUUGAAAAAACAGGUCUUGCCGUCACAGGUAUCGGUCUAUCCAACCUGACGAUCAAAGGAGUGUCACGAUAUUACGAGGGAAGCUACAAAUGCAGAGCAAAGCGUGAUCCCGACACAUCUGAAUCUGACCCCGCAUACAUUACUGUUAACUAUCCGCCCAAGUUCUUGGAAAUUCUUAAAGCCGAGGAGACGCGUAACGAGACUGAUAACCUCACCUUGACGUGUAAACUGGAGGGGAAACCGCUGGCCACUGUGCUCUGGCUUAAAGACAACACAGAACUCGAACCAGAUAGUAGGCUCAUAAUAACUCAGCCAAGCUCAGUGGACUCGGGCGAGUCAACCCUGACAAUAAUAAACGUGAACCGGCAUGACGAGGCUUAUUACCAAUGCCGUGCAAAUAACACCGUCGAUACCACUACAUCUACCACCAACACAUCAGUCGUCGUGCAGUAUCCGCCAAAAUUUUUCCAGUCGCCCAAGAACGAGACCGUGACCGAGAAGUCAAACGUCACGCUUACAUGUCAGCUCGAGUGCAAACCCAAGUGUAGCGUCACGUGGCUGAAGGACAACACUCCAUUGGACACAUCUCCUGACAGAAUCACCGUCACCCAUCCCGGUAGUUAUGGCAACACGACAUCUUCGCUGACAAUAACGAACUUGGUACGGACCGACGAGGCGCGAUACUCGUGUAAAGCAAUAAACGCAGCCGGAGAGAAAUCAUCCGAGCAGGGGCUCCUCACUGUAAACUAUCCGCCCAAGUUCUUGGAAAGUCUUAAACCCGAGGAGACGCGUAAUGAGACUGAUAACCUCACGUUGACGUGUAAACUGGAGGGGAAACCGCUGGCAACUGUGGUCUGGCUUAAAGACAACACAGAACUCAAACCAGACAGUAGGCUCAUAAUAACUCAGCCAAGCUUGGUGGAGUCGGGCGAGUCAACCCUGAAAAUAAUCAACGUGAACCGGCAUGACGAGGCUUAUUACAAGUGCCGUGCAAAUAACACUGUCGAUACCACCACAUCUAACAGCACAUCAGUCGUCGUGCAGUACCCGCCAAAAUUCUUCCAGUCGCCCAAGAACGAGACCGUGACCGAGAAGUCAAACGUCACGCUUACAUGUCAGCUCGAGUGCAAACCCAAGUGUAGCGUCACGUGGCUGAAGGACAACACUCCAUUGGACACAUCUCCUGACAGAAUCACCGUCACCCAUCCCGGUAGUUAUGGCAACACGACAUCUUCGCUGACAAUAACGAACUUGGUACGGACCGACGAGGCGCGAUACUCGUGUAAAGCAAUAAACGCAGCCGGAGAGAAAUCAUCCGAGCAGGGGCUCCUCACUGUAAACUAUCCGCCCAAGUUCUUGGAAAGUCUUAAACCCGAGGAGACGCGUAAUGAGACUGAUAACCUCACGUUGACGUGUAAACUGGAGGGGAAACCGCUGGCAACUGUGGUCUGGCUUAAAGACAACACAGAACUCAAACCAGACAGUAGGCUCAUAAUAACUCAGCCAAGCUUGGUGGAGUCGGGCGAGUCAACCCUGAAAAUAAUCAACGUGAACCGGCAUGACGAGGCUUAUUACAAGUGCCGUGCAAAUAACACUGUCGAUACCACCACAUCUAACAGCACAUCAGUCGUCGUGCAGUACCCGCCAAAAUUCUUCCAGUCGCCCAAGAACGAGACCGUGACCGAGAAGUCAAACGUCACGCUUACAUGUCAGCUCGAGUGCAAACCCAAGUGUAGCGUCACGUGGCUGAAGGACAACACUCCAUUGGACACAUCUCCUGACAGAAUCACCGUCACCCAUCCCGGUAGUUAUGGCAACACGACAUCUUCGCUGACAAUAACGAACUUGGUACGGACCGACGAGGCGCGAUACUCGUGUAAAGCAAUAAACGCAGCCGGAGAGAAAUCAUCCGAGCAGGGGCUCCUCACUGUAAACUAUCCCCCCAAGAUCCUUUCCUCGCCAAAAAGUAUCACUAAAAUUGAAGGAAACGAAGUGACCCUGUCUUGUAAAGUGGAAGGGAAACCAGCUGUCACCGUGGCAUGGUUUAACGGAUCAUCGGAAAUGACAUCAUCGGGUAAUAUUGAAAUAAGCGGUACCAGCGUCCCAGGUGUUUGGUUUUCAAACCUGACGAUCAAGGGCGUGUCCCGGUAUGACGAAGGCAACUACAAAUGUGAAGCCAGUAAUGGUGCCAAUACAUCUGUCUCUGAUGUAGCAAAGCUAACUGUUAACUUUCCCCCACGAAUCUUCAAGACAUCCGCCAAUCAGACCAGAGAAGAAGGCCAACAAAUCACCUUCACGUGUGACGUCGAGGGGAAAGAAGGCACCAGUCCCCCUAAUGUCUAUUGGAAAAAAGACGGCGCAGAUGUGACGGCGGACGGUAAUCGAACCACGGCUCAGUCCCCAACCAAUUACCUGGGCCCAUCGACUGCAAGUCUGACCAUUAAAAACGUGCAACGUGAAGAUGAGGGUUUCUACCAGUGUUUUGCGGAAAACUCCCUUAAAACUGUGUAUUCAACGCCUUCCAUCCACUUGACAGUACAUUUCAAUUCCACAAUCUUUGAAUGCUCGGGAGCGCAAAAUGUAACUGAACGACAGAAUGAUGAUGUGAUAAUUUGGUGCGAAGUGGAAGGGAAGCCUAAGCCAGAAGUGAGUUGGCACGUCAGGGGUAGGGGACAGCAAGUAGAGCCGAAUGCACGGAUCACGAUAGAGCAACCAGCAAACACCUCCAGACAAAAGGUGCGCUUGGUUAUCAAACAAGUGGAAAGGGGAGAUACUGGCAUGUACUAUAUCAAGAUUGGAGCAAGAUCGUACGAACCUCGUUUGCUUAAUGUUCAGUACCCUGCUGAAAACAUAAACCUAAAAGUAUCCGAUGAUGGAAAGGUAGAUGUUGGGAAGCAGAUAAGUUUAGUGUGCGAGGCAGACGGCAAUCCUAUUCCGACAUUCUCCUGGCUGAAAGACGACGAAAACUUCCGCAUUGACAUCGUUGCUACUAAAAGCGAUGAUAAGAGAAAUAUGACAUUGCGAGAGGUUCAACGAUUUUAUGGCGGGAAUUACACAUGCGUUGCAAGGAACGGGAUUGGACAAGAGCAAAAGAAGACAGUCACUGUGGCAGUUGAGGACCCUGAGGGACCGUCAGUUGCGAAACAACAGAAGGAAUCGAGCCAUAACUAUAUAACUAUACCCGUCUUCGACUACGAGUAUGCCGGGAACGGGAAGAAGAUCUGUUUUUUCAUCAUUAUCAAAGUGGCCGGGCCCUCACGUUCUUAUCCUCGCGAAGAAGAGGUUGGAAAAGAUCCUUACCUAAUCACUGGCGUGUAUAAGCGGGUAUCGGGAAAAAAAGAGUUCAAAGUUGGAAACGAGCAAUACGAAACAUUCGACACUGCAGAAUGCUCGAGAGGGAGAAGGCGUCGUAGUCUUCCUAAGGUCGUAAAGGCAGACAAUAAGCCCCUUGACGCGAACACGAAGUACUCGUUCCUACAGCAAGCGUACGAUGACAAUGGCAACUUACUGGAAAGUUACGUGUGGAUCACGCGCGAGACCGAUCAUAACGUGGGGCUCAUCGUUGGAGUAUUGAUUGCUGUUAUCGCGAUCCUUUUAAUUUUGGGGGCAGUGGUUUUCUUUCUUUGGAGACGCCAAAAAAAUAAGGAAGAUAAUCCUGCAGACGCUGAUAUGCAACUACAACACCGUUCCCGAAGCAGGAUCGGCACCAUUGUCGGUCGUCUGUCUCAUAAGAGUGGCCGGGAGCUGUCCGCAUAUGAUAACUACAUACCAGGCCAGGUGAUACCUGUGGACGAGUUUGAAGAGCACGUGCGCCGUCUCCAUGCAAACGGAGAACUGCUGUUCUCCCAGGAGUAUGGGGCCUUCAGGUCACCUGACACCGUGACGUCACAUCACUCGCUCAACCAAGCUAACAGGUUCAAGAAUCGGUAUAACAACAUCACAGCAUUCGACCACUGCCGAGUAUUGCUGCAGCCGAUUGAAGGUGACCCCACGAGCGAUUACAUCAAUGCUAAUUACCUGGACGGGUACAGGAAGCAAAGAGAGUACAUCGCUGCACAGGGACCACUACCUGAGACCUGCCAUGACUUCUGGCGCAUGGUGUGGGAACAGAACUCAAGGGUCAUCGUUAUGGUGACCAACUGCGAAGAGCGCGGUCGCAUCAAAUGCCACCAGUACUGGCCCUCGUCAGGCUCUCAGAAUUACGGUGUGAUCCACGUGAACAUGAUGAGCACAGUAGAGCUGAGUGACUACACCAUUCGCUCAUUUGGAGUCAAGCGUUCAGGCUCACCGGAAGAGAGGAUGGUGUUACAGUACCAUUACACCGCGUGGCCGGACCACGGCGUGCCGAGUAGUGUCACUUCUGUACUGAACUUCGUACGCAAGUCGAGUGCGGUGAAUCUAACCGAGGAUUAUGGACCAAUGGUUGUGCACUGCAGUGCUGGUGUAGGAAGAACCGGCACGUACGUCGUCAUUGACGCGCAGCUGAAGCGCAUCCAGGCGGAAGCCACGGUAGACGUGUACAACUACGUCAUGAUGUUGCGAGGUCAGCGUAACCUCAUGGUACAAGUAGAAGACCAGUAUGUACUCAUCCAUGACGUCCUGCUCGAGGCUAUCGCUUGUGGCGACACCGAAAUACAGGCGCGAGAUUUACGCCAGAGAAUCAAAGAGCUCAUGAGGCCUAGCACCGACACAGGGCAAACAGAAAUGGACGCAGAAUUCCAACGGUUAUCCAGAAACAAAGCACCUCCAUCCAAAUUCCAAUCAGCAAACCUGCCCGUCAACAAACACAAAAACCGCUACGCAAAUGUCCUUCCGUAUGAUGACACGCGGGUACGGCUGACUAUGCAGGCUGUGACCGAGGGCUCGGAUUACAUCAACGCCAACUACAUCGACGGUUACAUGUCCAAGAAAGCGUUCAUCGCCACACAAGCGCCCAUCCCUGAUACCAUACCGGACUUCUGGCGCAUGAUCUGGGAACAAGACUGCUGUACCAUAGUAAUGCUGUCUCAAGAGAUGGAGAGUGGCAAGGUAAAAGUGCACCGUUACUGGCCCGGCAAGCAGCCCACGUCCAUCGGUAACCUCGUGGUGGAGAUGCUUCACGACAAGCAGUUCGACGAUUACAUCAUGCGUGAGUUCAAGGUCACAAAUACCAAGGAGAGCGCGUCCCGUGUUGUGCGCCAGUACCAGUUCACUGCCUGGCCGGAUAUCGGCUCCCCGGAUAGCGGCGGUGGACUCAUCGAUCUGAUCGGCCAGGUUCAGAGAUGGCAGCAGAAAUGUGGAGUUCAGCUCACCGCGGUUCACUGCAGUGCGGGUGUCGGCCGCACGGGCGUAUUCUGUGCUGUCAGCAUUCUAAUAGAGCGCCUCAAAGCGGAGGCGAUGGUGGAUGUCUUCCAGACCGUCAAACAGCUCCGAGAGCAGCGACCCGCCAUGGUCCAAACCAAGGAGCAGUACGAGUUUUGCUAUCAGACACUCGGCGAGUACUUGCACUCUUUUGACCCUUAUAAUAACUUCGACUGAAGAGCUGAAGAAUCCUUUUCAAGCCGGCAAGAAUGUAUAGAUAGACCCUCCGUACACAAAAAGAUAGAUUUCAUGAUUAGGCUUGCGUGCUUGCAACCUCAGAAAGGAAGCAGGAGCACGAAAAUAUAACAUUUUCUCGCAGUUUUUCAAGUCUUUUUUGGCCAUAGUUACAUUGAUAGUCGCUUGCACAGUACUUAAAGUACAGCUCUAGAGGAGUUACCUAGACAUCAAUGGACUCCAAGUCUGUAUAGAAUGGUUUUCAUAAACCCGCGGAAUGCACUUAGGGUGGUUUUCAAAAUCCCGUGCAACAAAAUGUAGUUGUUAAAAUGUAACAGUCAAGCCAGAACAAAAGAGAACAAAGACAUUACAAUUUAUUAUUACUAAAUAAACUAGAUAGUAUUUCACGGGUUUUUAAAAUCCACUCUAUUUAUCACUAAUACACUCAAAUCGCUUUGUUCUUCCUUGUUCUGGUUCCGACUAUUUCACAUUGUUUCACGGUUUCCCCUGGUUUAUAUGAAAACCACAGUAAUAAUUUGCUGCAAAAAAUAUUUUAUAUGUAAGUUUCGAGUGAUUUUUGUAAUCGACGUAGAUAUAUAUUUUUGAUAAUCCAUUAUUCAUUACUACAUUCAUAUGUAACCCAUUGCGCAGAUCUGUCAUUUAUUACUGCACUAGCUAAAUAAUUGUGUUUAUGCGCAUGCGUCACUGUAUUUAACUUCGCUCCCAGGGGCUUCUGGACACCUUUGGGUUCUUGCCGUCAAUGUUGUCAAAACUCAGAAGAGCCUGGGACCGAGGGACUUUUACAACCAAAUGAUUGUAUAUUUCAAGACAAAAUAUACAUUUUUCAGGACUCAAUACAUAUCCAAUAGAAAUUCUGAACUUUAGGAAAAUAUAAGAAUGUCAGCGUAGCGAGUAUUUAUAAAACGAUAAGAGCACUAAUUAAAUUAAAAUGAAAAUAAAAGUAAAAACAAUAAUAAUGAAA